GCUAAAGCACCAAUCGAGUCGUCAAAAAGCGUUGCUAUUCAUCAGGAAGAUCUAUUAGUUAGGGAACUACUAUCGCUAGCAUUACUAUUGAACAAUAUUCCGUUUAUAGGUCCUAAAUUGAUGAUUAUACCUGAAAAGAUCAUCCGUUCUAUUGGAAAUUUCGAAUACACAACGAAUCAUUUAGUAGACAAAAUUUUGCGUAAUUCUUUACCAUGUAUGAUAACGGUCAAUGGCAUAAAAUGCGAAGGGAUAGAACAAAAUGGCGGCUUAGUAUCUAUUAUUAGAAAUGCUAUUGAUUCAAUGCCAAAUACCAGGAUUUUUUACAUCAUAAAACAAAUUUUAGAUGUGAUGACAUUUGCACUUCAAGUUCUAUAUCUAUGGGGAAUUGUUAUCUGAAUUAUAAUGUAUCCGCAUAAAAUAAAAAAUAAAAUUUAUUAAUUUUUAAUAUUUCAUAUUUCUUUUAAAUAUAUCAGUCUGUUUGCAUGUAUUGCUAUUUCAAAUUUUGUAUCAUAAAAAGUAAAUAACAAUAAGAAAAUAGGAUUUUACUGAAAAAUAAAAAUAUAAAGAGUAUGCUAAGGUUUUAUUAAACCUAUAAUGAAAAUUAUUGGAAAUGUUUUAUUUUGGUCGUAACAAAAUAAAAUAAAUAUAUUUAGUUUAUGUAUAUGUAUGAAUUUGUAUAUAUAAAUAUAAAUAUGGUGUUAUGAAAAUAUUAAUUAAGAUAUCAAUGUAUAAAUGAAUUAACGUGUACAAAAAAUACAUAAGAAAA